GUGCUUUGCAGGAUGUCAUUCCCAAGCAUCUUUAUUUAUGCUGCUGGUUUCAGGCUCGGUCAAACACCAAGAACUCCAACACGAAACACCAGCUGUCCUAUUAAUGUAAUUUAUCAUCUACUCAUCAACGAUCAACAACUACCUACUCCCUAGGUGAACAUCAACUCACAUUCAAUACACUGCGAUAUUGAUUUCAUUUAAUAAAGAGAUCUUGACAACUCUACUUCUUCUACAGUCCUUGUCGCAAAACUAUACCAUUGUUCGCUCUAUUCGACAUUCAGCACCCUGUACAAAACCCUAGAAUAAUUAAAUUAAGUUGCGCCUCGAGGUCUACACAGCAAUCCGAGCAACAGCAUCAACCAAAGAUACCCAUAUUCUCAACAACGUCGAAACCCACGAAACGAUCAGAGGAUAAUCCGCGCUUAACCCACCAAUAUAUCUGUACAACUUUAUAAACUACUGCGAAAUAUCAUAGACAUAUAUCCAUACAAACCGCCGCAAUGGCCGUCGCAUCGAUACAGGACCGAACAAACGAGUUCCGAUCCGUCCUAACACAAGUACAAAAGAGACAAGCAUCAUCAAAAGUGGGAGCUCAGAGACAAUCACUUCUUUCCGACUCCCAAAAGGCCGCAGCAAAUGGAGAUGCGAAUCCACAUGGGAAGCCCAGGAGAUCCGAGUUUGCGAGGAAGGCGGCUGAGAUUGGGAGGGGGAUAACGGGGACGAUGGAGAAGUUACAAAAGUUGGCGGAAUGUAAGAUGAGAUACCAGCUCCUGGAGCAUGAUAGAUUUAUGAUAAAAAUACAAUACUGAUUUUAUAAAUAGUGGCCAAACGAAAAACCCUUUUCGAUGACAGACCUGUGGAAAUCAACGAACUCACAUUCAUAAUAAAACAAGAUCUCUCCUCCCUAAAUCAACAAAUCUCUGGUCUCCAGAGCCUCACCCGUGCCCAACAUCCCAAAGCCGAUCAAGAAGGCGAACAUAACAAAAAUGUCGUCUUUAUGCUCCAAGGAAAUCUCACAGUCGUAUCCGCCAAUUUCAAAGAUGUCCUCGAAGUCCGCACCAAAAAUAUUCAAGCUUCGCGAUCUCGAACUGAGAAUUUCGUUUCUUCAGUAUCUUCCCACGUUCAACCUAAUAUUUCACAGUCCGCGAGUCCGCUAUAUAGUACACCCACGAGAGGAAGUCCAGGGCCUGGUCAGGAUUUGUUAAGUUUGAAUCCGGUGGGAGAUCAACAAUUAUUGAUGAUGGAAGAGGCGCAACCGCAAAAUGAAUAUAUUCAUCAGAGAGGAGAAGCUAUAGAAGCAAUCGAGAGGACGAUUAGUGAAUUAGGAGGGAUUUUCGGACAAUUGGCUACUAUGGUUUCAGAACAGAGUGAAAUGAUUCAAAGAAUUGAUGCGAAUACGGAAGAUGUAGUAGAUAACGUUCAAGGGGCUCAAAGAGAGUUAUUGAAAUACUGGUCGAGGGUCUCUGGUAAUCGCUGGUUGGUUGCUAAGAUGUUUGGUGUUCUUAUGAUUUUCUUUUUGUAAGUUUUCCUCCCCUUUUCCAGUACCUUGAGAUAUAUAAGAAACAGGCUAACAUAUGAAAUACAGACUUUGGGUUCUAAUAGCGGCUUAGAACUGAUAUUGUUAUACAUAUAUGACCUCAGGCGAUGCUACUUCCAUGGAGAUGGAAAUGGAGCACUUGUAUUUUUAUUUUUGUAGAUGAGAUAUCCCUUUUAAUGAAAACGUCAUAAAAUGGCGUAAAUAUUCCGAGUAGACUGGACUAAGUUAAGUUAUA